AUGGCUGGUUGUUCCAGCACGUCAACUGAGCCGGUACCCGAACCUGAACCGAUCGAACAACCUGCACCUCAGCCUGUACCUCAGCCUGAACCUGAACCCGAACUGGCAGAUUUUGACAGCGCCGGUAACGCGAUUGGCCCUGACGGUCGUCCACUGACACGCACCUUUUACUUUGCCUACGAUCGUGCGGUGUUGAAGCCCAGUGAUUUAGCAGCAUUGGAGUUACAUGCUCAGGUUCUGCGUCGUAACAGUAAUCGCAGCAUUGUGCUGGAAGGCCACUGUGAUGAACGUGGUACUCGCGAAUAUAACCUGGCUCUAGGCGAGCGUCGCGCAGACUCAAUUCGCAGCUUCCUGCUUUCAGCCGGUGUGUCAGCACGUCAGAUUGAGACAGUAAGCUAUGGUGAAGAGCAGCCGGCUGAUCCUGGUCACACGGAAGCAGCCUGGGAACGUAACCGUCGUGUAAUCCGGGCUGUGAAUAUUUUUCGACAGACACUUCGCGCCAACGUGUUUUUAGUAUGUGCAGCCCUGGCUGCGCAUACUAUUGCACCGGCUAUUCAAGCUGCAGUGCCUAUAGAAGAGUCUGUGGAAGAUUCAAGGCGUGGGGUGCAAGCGGAUCUGUCUAUCAGUCCCGAGCCUGAAAGCCGUGACGAUCGCGCCCGGAGUCUUGAUAUUCCGCCAACAAUUGAACCGUCGUAUAACAGCGACGGUUCAUUGGCGGCGACUGCGGAAUCCGCCUAUACAGCCGCGCAGAUCAGUACCGGUCAAAAAACCGGUGCAGCAAGCUCAGGUCAGCUGAGCGAACUUUUCUAUCAACUGCAGGUGUUGCAGCAGGAGAUUCAGGACCUGCGUGGUCAGGUUGAAGAACAGACCUAUCUGGUUAAUCGCCUGCAACGCGAUCAGAAAGAGCAGUAUCUCGACCUGGAUCGUCGCGUCAUGGCGAUUACCGAAAAGCAGCCAGCGCCUGGACCGGUAACGUCCGCGCCAGAAUCAAUACCCUCAGGUAACAGUCCCACAAACCUGAGUGAAAGAGACGCCUACACACAAGCGUUUGAAGCCAUGCGCGCGCGCGACUUUGAUGCCUCUAUGGUGGGUUUUCAGCGUCUGAUUGAAACGUAUCCUAACGGCCAGUUUACGCCAAACGCAUAUUACUGGAUCGGCGAACUGCACCUUGUCGGUAACCUCGAGCCGGAGCUGGCACGCCAGGCAUUUGCGCAGGUUGUAAACCUUUACCCGGAUCAUCAGAAAGCACCUGACGCCCUGUAUAAGUUGGGUGUGGUGUACGACAAUCUGGGUGAUAAGCAAAGUGCAUUGGACUAUCUGCAGCGGGUCCAGCAGCAACACCCAAACAGUCCAGCAGCAGGCCUGGCGCAGAAAUACGCUGCUGAAGCUGUUGCUUCUCUUCGCAUUACAGAAAUUUUCCUUUCCCUGCAGGGUGAGGCAAAUACUGUGGGUUUACCCACCGUGUUUGUUCGACUUACUGGCUGCCCCCUGCGCUGUACCUACUGCGACAGUGCCUAUGCAUUCUCCGGUGGUCAGAUCAUCGCCAUCAGAGAUGUGAUCGACGAAGUUGUCAGCCACGGUGUAAAACAUGUCACCGUAACCGGGGGUGAACCGCUUGCACAGCCAGGCGUGCAUGAACUGAUGACCGGGUUAUGUGAUCUUGGUUUAAGUGUUUCGCUGGAAACCAGUGGGGCGCUUGCUGUUGAUGACGUGGACUCGAGAGUGGUGAAGGUCGUUGAUCUUAAAACGCCGGCGUCAGCAGAAUCGCACCGUAACCUUUGGUCAAACAUGGCCGCGCUGAAUCCCCACGAUCAGGUGAAGUUUGUUAUCUGCGACCGGCAGGACUAUGAGUGGGCAAAGCUCAAGUGUGAUGAACAUAGCCUUUAUGAACGCGUAGCUGAAGUCUUGUUUUCGCCCAGCUAUGAGCAGCUCAAUCCCACUGAUCUUGCCAACUGGAUUGUGCAGGAUAAAAAACCUGUGCGUAUGCAGUUGCAGCUGCACAAACUGUUGUGGGGUGGACUGGAUUCAGCCACCGUCCUGGCCAUGGCGGCCGCCCAGGGUUACAGCUGUUACGCAUUAUCCUUUAACUAUAAUCAGCGCUCGGUAUCCGAGCUCAAUGCUGCUAAGAAAGUGGCUCACCUGGCGCAACAACAUAAAGUGCUGGAUAUUGAUCUCAGUGCGUUUGGUGGAUCUGCGCUAACCGAUGCGAGCAUCGCUGUGCCAACCGAUACGCCCGAAGGUAUCCCGAUCACCUAUGUGCCUGCGCGUAAUACAGUGUUUCUGUCACUGGCGCUGGCAUGGGCUGAAGUGUUGGAUGCCCACGACAUCUUCAUCGGCGUGAAUGCGGUUGAUUAUUCCGGCUAUCCAGAUUGCCGCCCGCAGUUCAUCCAGGCUUUUGAGCAAAUGGCCAAUCUGGCCACCAAAGCGGGUGUGGAAGGCCAGAAAAUUAGCAUCCAUACCCCCCUGAUCGAUCUGACCAAGGCGCAGAUCAUUUCUGCCGGGGUUGCACUGGGUGUUGACUAUGCAGCCACCGUCUCCUGCUAUCAGGCGGAUGCUGAGGGAGUUGCGUGCUGCAACGGGUCAAUCAGCUAUGCAGUUAGUCCUGUCCUGCAUCAGACAGUCGACGCCUUAAGUUGGUCACGACUUAUGCAGCGAUUGGCCGAAGCGAUUCUCGAUGUGUUUCAGCAUGCUGGUGUAGACACUGUUUUUGGUGUGCCUGGCAACCAUAACAUUGAGCUCUAUCGUUACCUUCCGGAUUUCCCUAUUUCACAUGUUACAGCCCGCCACGAACAGGGUGCUGGCUUUAUGGCAGAUGGCUAUGCGCGUGUGCGUGGUACAACCGGUGUCUGUUUUGUGGUCACCGGGCCUGGGUUAACCAAUGCGCUAACCGCUAUGGGACAAGCCCUGGCUGACAGUGUGCCGUUGCUGGUCAUCGCCACGGUGGGUGACCAGAAGAGGCGUGAGGGGCGCUUACAUGAGCUGCCGGACCAGCUGAGUAUUGCUUCCGGGGUCAGUGUCGAGGCCGUUCAACCCAGCGAUCCACAAAGUGCAAUAUCGUGGUUGCAAAAAGCGCUGACUGCCCAUCACUCGGAGCGUCCUGGGCCCCGAUAUCUGCAGAUUCCCCUGUCCUGGUGGCGUCAGGAUGUCGAACCGCUGCAGACGUCUGAAUCAUUGCCGAGCGCAACUAAGCCCCCCGUACCUGACGUGACUGCUGCGCUGGACCUGUUGGACGAGGCGGCACGUCCGGUCAUUGUGGUGGGUGGCGGCAGCCAAUCUGCAGGUCCACAGGUGCGACAACUGGCAGAAUGUCUUGGUGCGCCGAUCGUUAACACGGUAAAUGCGAAAGGUCUGAUUCCCGCCAGUCAUCCUUUGUGGGUGGGCGGAUCACCGUCCCUGCCUGGCGUGCGUGAUUUACUGGCAGCUGCGGAUGUGUUCGUUGUGGUAGGCACGGAAUUGGGCGAAACGGAUUUUGAUCUGUUGAUGCUCGGUGAUAUCGCCUGGACCCAACCGAUGUUGCGUAUCGAUAUUGAUGCGCAGCAACUGAAGCUGAAUGCUGAGCCUACCGUUGGUUUGGUUGGAGAUGCUGCGGAAGUGCUCUCCAGGCUGCUCGCGAGUGUGCCUGCGGAGCCCCGUGUGAGCUGGUGUGAUGUUGCAUUAUUGCGACAGGAAAAUGCGCGCUAUCAGCAUAUGCACCCUGAUUUUGCGGCUUUCUUUCAGGUGAUUGAUGCGGUUCUACCGACCGCUGUGGUGGUGGGUGACUCAACUCGGCCCACAUACUAUGCCACGUGGAUGUGGGAGCGCCCGAGUCCCGCAACCUAUUUUCAUUCAGCGUCUGGCUACGGCACGCUGGGUUACGCGUUACCUGCAGCCAUAGGCGCUCAGAUUGCCCAGCCCCAGGUGCCGGUUGUGGCCCUUAUCGGAGAUGGUGGCAUCCUCUUCACACUGGGAGAGCUUGCGGUUGCGGUAGACGCUGAAGUAUCGGUAAAGAUCAUUAUCUGGAACAACAGCGGAUAUCAGGAAAUUGCCAACAGCAUGGCAGCAAGGGGUAUAGAUGCUUCCAGCACCCAGUACCGGGCACCGGAUUACGCGCAGAUCGCGGCAGGUUUUGGUGCAACAGUCUGCGCGCCGACGGAUCUGGUGGAACUGGCACGCGCGCUGGGCGAGCCUGUAUCUGGCCCCAUGGUCAUUGUGCUGGAUGAAAGCAAUUUUGUGCAUCAAACUUCAGGGAACUGGUAUUGA